GCCAUAAAUAUGGACUACUCAAAUACAGAAAACUUUGACAAGGAGAAUUACAUCCAGGAGGAGUUCUCCAAUUACAGUUACAACACUGACCUGCCCUUUUUGCCCCACCCUGUCCCAUGCCAGCCAGAAUCUCUGGAUAUCAACAAGUAUGCUGUGGUUGUCAUCUAUGCCCUGGUCCUACUGCUGAGCCUCCUGGGAAAUUCCCUGGUGUUGCCGGUUGUCUUACACAGCCAGGUCAGCUGCUCUGUCACUGAUGUCUACCUGCUGAACCUGUCCCUGGCAGACCUGCUCUUUGCCCUGACCUCGCCUAUCUGGGCUGCCUCCAAAGCACAGGGCUGGAUCUAUGGCACAAUCUUAUACAAGGUGGUCUCACUACUGAAGGAAGUCUACUUCUACAGUGGUAUUCUACUACUGGCCUGUAUCAGCAUGGACCACUACCUAGCUAUUGUGCAUGCCAUACACGAACUGACUCAGAAAUGGCACUGGGUCAAGUUCAUAUGCUUAGGCAUCAGGACCAUAUCCCUGAUCCUGUCCCUGGCCAUCUUUGUCUUCCACAGGACAAUCCACCCAUCUAAUUCUGGCCCUAUCUGCUAUGAGGAUCUGGGUGCCAAUACAACAAAAUGGUGCACUAUGAUGCGGGUCUUGCCUCAGACCUUUGGCUUCCUCGUGCCCAUGCUUGUCAUGCUGUUCUGCUAUGGACUCAGCCUGUACACGCUGUUUCAGGCCCAUGUGGGGAAGAAGCACUGGGCCACGCAGGUCAUCUUUGCUAUUAUGCUCAUCUUCCUGCUCUGCUGGCUGCCCUACAAUCUGGUCCUGGUGUCAAACACCAUCAUGAAGCUCCAGGUCACCAAGAAGAACUGUGAGUGCCAAAACAACAUUGGUCAGGCCAUGGAUGCCACCAAGAUUUGGGGUUUCUUCCACAGCUGUCUCAAUCCCUUUAUCUAUGCCUUCACUGGCCAGAAAUUUCACCAUGGAUUUCUUAGGAUAAUGGCCAUCCAUGGCCUGAUCAGCAAGGAAUUCCUGGUCAAGUAUGGCAAGCCAUCCUUCAUUGGGUCUUCCUCAGGGAACACUUCUACUACCGUCUAA